AUGGCCUCUACACGGCUGCGGAAGUCAUUCAAGUAUCCAGACUCAGACGCUGAUGAUGAUGCACGUCCAGAACUAGAUGACCAAGAACAAGAGGCUUUGAUUGAAUCCUUGCGUAAGGAUAAUGAGACGGCAAAUGCUUUCUAUCAGCUUGUACUGUCUGUGAUACCCUGCAUAACCAGCUGUAUCUUCAUACCCACAAUAAUAUCGUUCGAUUCUGUCUUCUAUGACAGGGCUUCGGCAUUUCUUGGUGCUGCCUCCCUUCUGUGGACAGCCUAUUAUAUGAAAUAUACCCCGCUGCCGCAAAGUGAAUCCAGGGGAAGGCACUCUAUCAGCCUGUCAGAGGAGAAGGAAGACCCUAUCAGCCGAUACACGGUAAUAGUGAAUGCUGUCAUUUCUCUCUUCAUGGCACUCUCCGGAUUUCUACGCUUUCAGAAGGAUCCAGACAAUGCAUACCAUAUUCUCUAUGUCCUACCAGCAGUCGUACUCUUCACUAUCAUGGCGGCUCGGAGAACUAUGGUUUCAGUCGAUCUAGACGAAUUAGAGCGCCUUCGUUACGAAUAUAAAGGAGCGUAA